CUUUCUCAUUGAUCACUGGAUUUUCGGCAAGAUGGCUGCGCUAUUACCAAGAGUAGUUUGUAAUUUAAUGCGCCGAUCUGUAUUAUAUCCAACCUAUACAGCCCGCAGAUGCAUGUCGGAUUUUGAUGCCGAAUUUAACAAUCACGAUGGAAAGAAGUUGGCACGUUCCGAAAACAUGGCUGAUUAUUUAGGUCAUUCAUCUGGUAUGGAAAGAGCCGAGUUGAUCACUGAGGCUGAAGGAUUUGAUCACAAGAUGGAUGGUACAACUUAUGAGAAUAAUGUGAUGAGAUUUGAUGAGGCAUCACCAUAUGGAAAUGGAACUUUAGCUAAACCUUUUAAAGUAUAUUGUGUUGAUCCAUGGAGGCAUGUAGAAUGUAUAUGUUCAGAAGAAGACGGUACAUUUAGAUACACUUUUUUGACAGAAGGACAACCCGCUAAAUGUUACUGUGGAUUCUGGUUUAACUUGGAAAGAAAAACAAUACAAGAAUUUGUUCCUACUCCAGAAGAUGUACAUCAUUGAUCAGUGCUAAUAGCAUAUCUUGGAAAAAGCAAAUUGUAAUUUAUAGUUAAUAUUUGAAAAUGUCAUUUGAGUUUUACACCGGAAGAAAUAAUUACAAGUGUGUCAAAUCAUUAUUAAAUUUUAUUCCUUAUU